AUGGCUUUCGCCGGGAUGGCGUCCAUCCCAAACUAUGACAGCACGGCGCAGACUGCUGGAGUCCCCAUCAGCUCGCGCAGUGGCCACCACGAAGAGGAGGACCUUGCUGGUGCAAACCAGAACACCGUCGACACCGCCGCCACCUCUCUCACCGAGGUUGCUGUCUCUGCUUCCGACGUCAAGAAGCCCUCCACCCCCAACGACAGCGACAGGAUCUCCGCCGAGGACGAUGAGGAUUCCGAGAUGGAACGCCGCCACUCGCUGGUGCAGUCCCUCGCCAAGCGCUAUUCCCAUGCCUCGGCAACAGGCACCGUUGGUGGAAACCCCUUCUUCGCCGACGAGAACUCACCUCUCAACCCCAACUCAGAAAACUUUCAUGGCCGCGCCUGGGCUCGCGCCAUGGUCGACCUCGUCCAGUCGCACGGCGCUUCUUUCCGCACGUCUGGUGUUGCGUUCCAAAACCUUAAUGUCUACGGUUACGGUCAGGCGACGGAUUACCAGAAGGAUGUUGGCAACGUGUGGCUGAGCGCCGCUGGCCUUGUGCGCAAGUUCACCGGUGGUGGAAAGACGAGAAUCGACAUCCUGCGCAACUUCGACGGUCUCGUGCGCAAGGGUGAAAUGUUGGUCGUUUUGGGCCCGCCUGGCUCUGGUUGCUCGACGUUCCUAAAGACGAUUGCCGGUGAAACAAACGGACUCUACACCGACGACAGCUCCUACUUCAACUACCAGGGAAUGACCGCCAAUGAGAUGCACACGAACCACCGUGGUGAGGCCAUCUACACGGCUGAGGUCGACGUCCACUUCCCCCAGCUGUCUGUUGGUGAUACUCUGACCUUUGCCGCCCGCGCUCGUCAGCCCCGUCACCUGCCCGAGGGAAUUGACAAGAACACCUUCGCCAACCACUUGAGGGAUGUCGUUAUGGCCAUGUUUGGUAUUUCUCACACCGUCAACACCCGCGUCGGCAACGAGUACAUUCGUGGUGUGUCCGGUGGUGAGCGCAAGCGUGUGACCAUUGCUGAGGCCGCUCUCUCCGGUGCACCCCUUCAAUGCUGGGACAACAGUACCCGUGGAUUGGAUUCCGCCAACGCCAUCGAAUUCUGCAAGACCCUUCGCCUGCAAACCGAGCUCUUCGACAGCACUGCCUGUGUGUCCAUCUACCAGGCCCCUCAGAGCGCCUAUGACUUGUUCGACAAGGUCGUCGUGUUGUACGAGGGACGCCAAAUCUUCUACGGCAAGGCCAAUGAGGCUAGGCAGUAUUUCAUCGACCUUGGCUACGACUGCCCUGCCCGUGCCACUACUCCCGACUUCUUGACGUCCAUGACCUCUCCCCAGGAGCGUCACGUUCGCAAGGGCUGGGAAGACCGCGCCCCCCGCACGCCCGAUGAGUUUGCCACUUGCUGGAAGAACAGUGCCAACUACAAGGCCCUCCAGGCUGAGAUUGAGGAGUACAAGCAGACUCACCCGCUCAACGGUCCCGAUGCUGAGGCUUUCCGUGCCUCCAAGAAGGCCCAGCAAGCAAAGGGUCAGCGCGCCAAGUCUCCCUUCACCCUCUCCUACAUUCAGCAGAUCCAGCUCUGCUUGUGGCGUGGAUGGAGACGUCUGAUCGGUGACCCCAGUAUCACCGUCGGCUCUCUCAUCGGAAACGUCGUCAUGGGUCUCAUUAUUGGGAGUGUUUUCUACAACUUGCAACCCGAUACAAACAGCUUCUUCCAACGUGGUGCCCUCCUGUUCUUCGCCCUGCUCAUGAAUGCCUUCUCCAGUGCCCUCGAGAUUCUCACCCUGUACGCCCAACGUCCCAUAGUCGAAAAGCACUCCCGUUAUGCUCUGUACCACCCCUCGGCCGAGGCUGUUGCAUCCAUGCUGUGCGACAUGCCUUAUAAGAUCUCGAAUACGCUAGUCUUCAAUCUGGUCCUCUACUUCAUGACGAACUUGCGGCGCGAACCUGGAGCCUUCUUUUUCUUCCUCCUGAUCUCGUUCUUCACGGUCUUGACCAUGUCCAUGAUCUUCCGUACGAUCGCUUCUUCGUCCCGCACACUCUCCCAGGCCAUGGUUCCCGCCGCUAUUCUCAUCUUGGACCUCGUCAUCUUCACCGGCUUCGUCAUCCCCAUUGAUUACAUGCUAGAUUGGUGCCGCUGGCUCAACUACCUCGACCCUCUCGCCUACUCUUUCGAGUCGCUCAUCGUGAACGAGUUCCACGGCCGCAACUUCACCUGCUCCGAGUCUAGCUUCGUCCCUCGAGCGAUUCCUCAGUUCCUCGGCUCCAGCUACACGAACCUUUCGCCGACCGAGCGUGUCUGCAGCGCCAUCGGCUCGGUCGCUGGACUUGAUGUUGUCAGUGGCGAUGACUACGUCGGCUCUGGAUUCCGCUACGAGUAUGGCCACCGCUGGCGCAACUUUGGCAUUUUGAUCGCUUUCAUGCUGUUCUUCCUGAUGACCUACAUGGUUACUGCGGAGUUGGUCUCUGAGAAGAAGUCAAAGGGCGAGGUCCUUGUUUUCCGUCGUGGACACAAGCCCGCCGCCUUUAAGGAGAAGCCCUCAGACGACCCCGAAGACAUCCGCGUUGGUCCCGUAACCACCGCCGACCGUGCCCGCGUCUCCGAGAAGAACGAUGGUCUCAUCGAGGAGCAAAAGUCUACCUUCCACUGGAACGAUGUUUGCUACGAGGUUCAAAUCAAGAAGGAGACGAGACGCAUCUUGGACCAUGUCGACGGCUGGGUCAAGCCUGGUACUCUGACUGCUCUUAUGGGUGUGUCUGGUGCUGGUAAGACUACGCUUCUGGAUUGUUUGGCCGACCGUACCUCCAUGGGUGUCAUCACUGGUGAGAUGUUGGUCGACGGCUAUCACCGUGACACAUCUUUCCAGCGCAAGACCGGCUACGUUCAGCAACAGGAUCUGCACUUGCAAACCACUACCGUCCGCGAAGCCCUCAGCUUCUCCGCCCUCCUCCGUCAACCCGCCCACGUUCCUAGACAAGAGAAGCUUGACUACGUUGAGGAGGUUAUUAAGCUGUUGGAUAUGGAUGAAUAUGCUGAUGCUGUUGUCGGUGUUCCUGGUGAAGGUCUUAACGUCGAACAGCGUAAGCGUUUGACCAUUGGUGUCGAGCUCGUCGCUAAGCCUCCUCUGCUGCUCUUUGUCGACGAGCCUACCUCUGGUCUGGACUCGCAGACUUCCUGGGCUAUUCUCGAUCUUUUGGAGAAGCUUACCAAGAGCGGCCAGGCUAUUCUUUGUACCAUUCACCAGCCUUCUGCCAUGCUCUUCCAGCGCUUCGAUCGUCUCCUCUUCCUGGCCAAGGGCGGCAAGACUGUCUACUUCGGCGACAUUGGCGAGAACUCCAAGGUCAUGACCUCGUACUUCGAGCGCAACGGUGGUUUCCCCUGCCCUGCUGACGCCAACCCUGCCGAAUGGAUGUUGGAGGUUAUUGGUGCUGCCCCUGGCUCCCACACCGAUGUCGACUGGCACCAGGCUUGGCGCAACAGCGCCGAAUACAGCGAUGUCAAGAAGGAAUUGCAGCGUCUUAAGGAUGAGCGCGGUGUUCAGACCCCUGCUACCCAGGACAAGGCCAGCUAUCGCGAGUUUGCCGCUCCCUUCUUCGGCCAGCUUAAGGAGGUUACCCACCGUGUCUUCCAGCAGUACUGGAGAACCCCGUCUUACAUCUAUGCCAAGGCUGCUCUGUGCACCCUGGUUGCUGCUUUUAUUGGUUUCGUCUUUUUCAAGGCUCCCAACACACAGCAAGGUCUUCAGAACCAGAUGUUCGCUAUUUUCAACCUGCUCACCGUCUUCGGCCAACUUGUCCAGCAGACCAUGCCUCACUUUGUUAUCCAACGGUCCUUGUAUGAGGUGCGCGAGCGUCCAUCCAAGGUCUACGGCUGGAAGGUCUUCAUGCUCAGCCAGAUCAUUGUCGAACUGCCAUGGAACACCUUGAUGGCUGCGAUCAUGUACUUCUGCUGGUAUUACCCCGUCGGUCUCUACAACAACGCUAUCCCUGCCGACCAGGUUACGGAGCGUGGCGCGCUGAUGUUCCUGUACCUGCUCGUCUUCCUGUUGUUCACCUCGACCUUUACCGACUUUAUCAUCGCUGGUUUCGAGACUGCGGAAGCCGGAGGCAACAUCGCCAACUUGCUCUUCAUGCUUUGCCUGAUCUUCUGCGGUGUCCUCGCCAACCCCGACUCCAUCCCUCGCUUCUGGAUCUUCAUGUAUCGUGUAUCGCCUUUCACGUAUAUCGUGUCAGGCAUGCUGUCGACGGCCGUCGCCAAUACCGAAGUGGUUUGCGCUGCUAACGAGUACUUGCACUUCAACCCUCCUUCUGCGCAGACGUGUGAGCAGUACAUGCAAGCAUAUAUGGGAGUGAUGGGUGGUUAUCUCAAGGACCCCAACGCCACUACCGACUGCCAGUUCUGCACCAUCAAGGACACCAACUACUUCCUUGCUGGCGUCAAGAGCGACUACGCCGACCGCUGGAGGAACUUUGGCAUUGCCUGGGUCUACAUCAUCUUCAACGUCUUCGCCGCGCUCGGCCUGUACUGGCUGGCAAGAGUGCCCAAGAAGGGCGGCCUCUUUGGCAAGAAGAAGACCGAGUAA